AUGCCUGCGACUCCGAUCUCACCAUCUCGACAAAACAGCUGGCCUGUCCCUGGCUCCAAGCUUACAGAAGAAACACAUAUUCAUGCUCCUCGGUCUUUAUAUCAUCCAGACUUUCUUGCUGUCCUCCAGUACCUCGGGCAGAAUUUGCAUCCUCUUGUCAGCUGCAAAACUGCCCAAAUACCUCCAGAUUUUCCUCAGACUAUGCUUUCAUACCACCUACUCACAAACUGUCAACUCGAUAAACUUGCACAAGACUUUCAUCAAAUCUCUCCUCCCGUACCAGAAACAUUCAUGUACCCAGCUCCAAUCCAACAGCCAUGGGUCGGUACCGAGGCUGAGGAUGUUGAUCUUGAGACCAAGCGCCGCCGUUUUGGACGCUUUAUCGGGCUGCGCGGCUGUGAUUCUCCACCGCCAUUCGUGGAGCCAUUCCAGAUUGAUUUUGGGACAACAGCACCGAUCACAUCUGAUGAGUCUGUAACAGAUACUAUUACCCAAGGUAUGGAAGACGAGAGUGUAUGGGAGAUGAUGUUACUUAUGGAAAGAGAGUGGCAGGCGGCUCUGGCACAAGCGCAAGCUGAGCAGUACCACUCCUUUGGGUGGAAGUGA